AGUACUUGCUUUCGUCAUGAAAAAAUAUAAAACCCAUACAACUGGCAACAACUGCUAAAAACACUCCAUGAUCUUCCCCACAGGCUUAAUAAUCUGUGAACUGUAAUACCUUCUAACCUCAUCAUGUGACUAAACACAUAAAUCCACUGCUACCCUGGCUCUGGCAUGAGCACAAAUCAAAAUUUCACUUUGGCAUCUCAACAAGAAGGCAGGCGGCUAAAAAUAAAAUUAACCCACUUUAUUUAAUUUUAAUUCUAAGAAAUCCCUGUGCCGUUUUCCCAUCAACACACUCAACCUAAUUUGGGGUGGGUUGAUUGUUCUAAUAAGAAACAGGUCAGCUUGCUUUUAUAGAUGUUUAAAAUGGACAAAUCCACUGUCAUGACAACCAUGUGACUGCUUGCACACCUUUUUUGAAAUAUAAGGACUACCAUAAGGGAUAUGGAAAAAUGAUGUGUCAUUUCCUAAAAGCCUCAUGUCCAAAGCUAAACUUAACAGAGAAAAAAUGUUCCGGUGGUGAUGACUUCUUUCUAUUUAUACCCCCACUCUGAGUCUUAUUUUGGACAUUGUUUCUUAGUCACCUCUUUUAUUACACACAGACUUCAGAAACUUCUCAAAUAACUAGAGGCGAUAAUAACAUAAGUGUAAUGAGAAGAUCACUGAGGGUGCAGCUACUCUAUCAUCACUAUUUUCCCUUCUGUCAUCCCUAGGAUUAUAUUAUUUGUGCACAUCUGAAUAGAUAAAAUCUCUUUGAUAAAGCGAUGUUUUUUUCUCAGGGGUGGUGUUUAUUUGAGAACGCGCAAUCUGCAUGCACAACCCAACACAGCAUGCCUGUGUGAGCUGAGAUAUUAACACUUAUUCCUGAGGUUAAGAUGAAGUAGCCGUCCAGCACAUGGGAGUGGCUUUGGAUCCUGUCAUAUCAUCAAAGCUCUGUGUAGAAGAAUGGCCACCAGACGUGCUCAUACUGAGGAUGACCUUUCCUGCCCAGUGUGUGGACAUAUUCUAAGUCAGCCUGUGGUGCUCACUUGCAGACACAAAUUCUGUAAAGCCUGUCUGAAAGACAGCUGGGACACACAAGACAGUGGGGAUUCACAUUCACACUACUGUCCUCUUUGCUGGCGCCGUUCCUCUAUGGAUCAAAUAGUCGUGAGCACUGUGCUCGAGAAGGCCUGUGAAUCCUUCAAGAAGGACAGAAGCAAGAAUGACCCAGAGGCUUGCAAAGAGCAUGGAGAAAAGCUCACACUCUUCUGUGUGGAAGACUUAGAGCCAAUUUGUGGUCUAUGUGGGAAAGCAGCUGCACACUCUGGGCACCGGCUUUAUGCCAUCGGGGAAGGUGCCCAUGACUGCAAGGAGGAACUAAAGAGUGCAGUCUUACCUUUGAAAGAGAAAUUACAGCUGUACAAGAAGACAAAAAUGGUCUGUGAGGAAAUGGCAGAACAUGCCAAGAACCAAGCUGAACAGACUGAAACACAGAUCAAAGAGGAAUUUGAAGCCCUUCACCGUUUCCUUAAAGAGCAGGAGGCUGCCAGACUUUCUGAUUUAAAGGCUGAGGAGGAUCAGAAGAACUUAAUGAUUAACCAGACGAUUGAAGAGAUCAACGAUGAAAUGGCAUCUCUUUCCAACACCAUCAAAUUAGUUGAACAGGAGAUGUCAACUCAAGAUAUCCCAUUUCUUAAGAAAUACAAGGAAACAAUAAGGAGAACCUGGCAAAGUUCUCCCAAUCCACAAAUGGUAUCUAGUGCUCUGAUUGAUGUGGCCAAGCACUUGGGCUCUCUGAAAUAUAAAGUGUGGGAGAAGAUGAAGAGGAUAGUCAAAUACACUCCUGUGAUUCUGGAUCCGAACACAGCAGCUAGCUGCUUCAUCAUCUCCGAGGAUCUCACAGUUGUGCAGAACUCUACCCAGAUUUUCAAGCUCCCAGACAACCCAGAACGUUUUGAUGUCAGUGCUGAGAUGCUGGCCGCUGAGGGCUAUUCCUCUGGACGCCAUAGUUGGGAUGUAGAGGUGAAUGACAACACCUACUGGGUGGUCGGGGUAGCCAGUGAGACAAUCAACAGGAAGGGUAAACACAUUCUAACACCAGCAGAGGGAUUCUGGACUAUAAGGUUUCGCAAUGGAGAGCAUAAAGCCUGCACAGCACCGUGGGAGCCGCUCAACAUGACCAAGAAGCCGGAUGCGAUAAGAGUGGUUUUAGACAUGGACAGAGGCAAGGUGACCUUUUACGACCCUAGACAGAGAACACCCCUCUACACCUUCACAGAUGUUGUCACGCCUAGAGCCUUUCCUUACUUUUGCACUGCUUGCAAAGAGCAUCCACUGAAAAUUCUACCCUCACGGAUAUCCUUAUCAACAGAACAGUAAAUCAACUUGAAGACAUUAUGAAAUUGUUCUGUAAACU